GAAUACUGUACGUUGCUAUCGAAGCAACUCUCGAGUGGAGGAAUUGCGAAGGGUGUAAUAGGCGCCAAUUUGGAUCCAACACUGCUGGAGCACUUGCAUGAGGACCAGCUUUUGCAACUGUACAAUUUGAAAGUGGAAGCCGAGAAGCCGAAAACUGAUGUUCAGGAUGUCGUGGAUAAACCGAAUUAG